CACAGGGGUUUCCCUAGUGCGGGGCUAUGUUGAGUGUGUGCGUUAUUUUAUUAUUAUUGUUACUUUAUUUUGUUUCAGGGCAUGGACUCGUUUUUAAGCCUCUUCGACCCGUCUGACGGGGCGCAGAAGACCGCCAAGCGAAAGCCGGAACAGGAUAAAGUUAAGAAGAAAGGCGAUGCGCCUAAAGGACGUAGGAGAGGUCGCAGAUCUCAGGGCAAGAGUGAGACUCUUCCUGAGGAAUCUUCCUUCUUGUGCGAGCCGCAGCUGAGCACGGAGCUGUUAGUAAAAGAUGGCAGCUACAUUGAGAUCUAUAUUGAAAUGAAACGUGAUUCAGAAUCAAAAGCCGACGCAGAAAAGAAGCCGAAACGCCGCAACUCGGGCCGCAAAAACCGUAGAAAAAAGAAAAUAUCGCCAGCAAAAGAUUUAACACCAAACACAGCGUGGCACCAGGAAGCCGACGUACCUGAAACUAGCUGGAACAACCAGAAUCAUUUGCAAAAAAAAUACGAAGAAAUAGCUAAAAACAACAACGAAAAUAUUGGUAAAAAUGUCAACGACCUGAAAAACAUCAAAACCAGCAAGAGGAAACAGUUCGAGAACUUCAAACCUUUUGAAGACAGAGAAGUUUACAAUGUUAUAGAUAAGCUGGAGAAGGUCAGUUUGAAGGACGAUAUGUAUUUGGCUGGUGAUUUUAAUACAGACGAGUUGGAAAAUGAUUUUAUCUACAGUUCUGACGAUAUGGACGAGUCUUUUGAUGAUACGUAAGUAUGCCAGAUUAGCCCCCGUAGCAUGCCGCCGCGAUAAAGCUAUUAUAUCCACAUUUAGCUGUCAAAUUCGAGUAAUAAAACCGCUAUUUUAAAAUUUUAUCACAAUAACUAACAUAGCGAGCACCGUGACGUCAUAUUGUUAUCGCAUCGCAAGCGCCUCGACCAA